AUGCCUGCGACACAGUUAUCCAGAAUCACCCUGAGGGGAACUCCUCGCGAGAUUGGCCUCGCUCAUGGUGAAAAUCUCAAACCCCAGAUCCUCCGCCAACUGCACAUCUACAAGAGCAUGUUUGAAUAUACCUCCCGACUUUCUUGGUCACAAGUCCUGAAAGUAGCCGCCGAGUUUCAGUCCACCAUACAAAAGCUCACGCCCGAGAUUCAUACCGAAAUGAUGGGCAUCGCUGAAGGUGCUGGAGUACAGGCCCUCGAGAUCGUGGCGCUGAAUUGCCGAAGUGAAAUCGCACUGGGCAAAUUUUCGGAUGGAUGUACCUCGCUCUCGUGGAGGAAACAUGACCAUGCCCGGGUUCUGGCUCAGAAUUGGGAUUGGACAGCGAGCGUUGGGGAGAAUCUUGCCAUGGUUUCGAUUGAGCAAAGUGGUAAGCCAACCAUCUAUAUGGUGACCGAGGCAGGAAUAGUAGGGAAAAUCGGCUUCAAUUCCGCCGCAGUAGGCACAUGUCUAAACGCCAUACGCGCAAGACCCAUGGACCCCAGCAAACUCCCAAUUCACGUCGCCCUGAGACUCUGUCUCGAGAGUCCCUCCGUCGCCGACGCCGUGAAAACACUACAAGACCUCGGCGGAGUCGCCUCAGCACAGCACAUUCUAAUUGCCGAUUCCACAUCCGCUCUCGGCCUGGAACUAUCGCCCGUGGGCAACAAGUACCUUCCCGAGAACCCCUCGGGUCUGAUAGGCCAUACGAAUCAUUUCCUGGAGAACCGAUACGUGGACGAACCUCCCUGGCUGUCUGAUUCUCCUAUUCGACUUUGGCGAUUGAAUGAGCUCACUGGGGAGUUGAUUGCGUCAGGAGUCCAUGGAGAUGAUAUUGUGCCCGCGCUGCUGCGAAGGAAGGUCUUUUCUGAUACGUUCAAUGCUCCGCAGGCGAUAGCGUGCCAGGAGGAUGAAUCGCGGCAUGAAAUCAUAAGGAGUAGUACUCUGUUCAAUAUUGUCAUGGAUCUAGACCGGGGUAACCCGCGAGCUGAAAUUUCCUUGGGUCGUCCUGGCUCGGAUGACGAGGGUCCAAUUAUGACGAUGCCUUGGUAA